AAUUCUCCAGGUUCCUGCUGCAUAUGCUCCUAUUGAUCCAGAUUCACCACCAUCAUUAGCAACACAUUUUAUGAAAAAAUGUCAUCUCAAGUAUAUUCUUGUUGAAAAAAAGCACAUUAAUAAAUUCAGAUCUUCCCACGAGACGUUGCUGAACUAUGAUACACUUACAGUAGAACACAAUGACCUAGUAUUUGUCAGACUGCACUGGAAAAAUGUGGAGGAGGACUUGAUGCUGAGUGAUGGGAAAGAGAAAUGUGAAACAGGAAGAGAAGACCGUGUGUGUUCCGAGAGCAGCAGCAGAGAAACAGAACACAUGGAUGCGAGGCAUAAGGAUUGCUUGGCAUAUGUUCUGCAUACAUCCGGGACCACGGGGACGCCGAAGAUUGUUAGAGUGCCUCAUGCAUGUGUGCUACCGAAUGUUCAGCAUUUUCGGGAACUUUUUGACAUUACACCAGAAGAUGUUUUAUUUCUGGCUUCACCCCUGACCUUUGACCCUUCUGUUGUGGAAAUAUUCGUUGCUUUAUCGAGUGGUGCCUCUCUGCUUAUUGUACCGACGUCUGUCAAGGUGCUCCCAUCGAAACUAGCUCCUGUUCUCUUUACCCAUCACAGAGUGACAGUGCUGCAGGCAACACCAACAUUGCUGAGGAGAUUUGGGCCUCAGCUUGUCAAGUCGGCAGUUUUAUCAGCCAGUACUUCUCUUCGAGUGCUAGCCCUUGGUGGGGAGCCCUUCCCAUCGCUGACCGUCCUCAGAAGCUGGAUAGAAAAAGGAAAUAAAACACAGAUAUUUAAUAUUUACGGUAUCACAGAGGUUUCAAGCUGGGCAACCUUUUACAAGAUUCCCGAGGAGAUUCUUGACUCUACUUUGAAAUGUGAAUCGCCCGUGCAGCUGGGGCUUCCGCUGCUUGGAACUGUGGUUGAAGUCAGAGAUGCAGAUGGUGUCACAAUUCAAGAAGGCAGUGGCCAAGUAUUUUUAGGUGGCAGAGACAGAGUGUGUUUUCUUGAUGACGAAGUGACAGUGCCCCUGGGCACAAUGCGAGCCACGGGAGACUUCGUGAUGGUAAAAGGUGGAGAGAUGCUUUUCCUGGGGCGGAAAGACGGUCAGAUCAAACGUCACGGCAAACGUCUGAACGUCGAACUUGUUCAACAGGUUGCUGAAGAACUUCAGCAAGUGGAGUCUUGUGCAGUUACGUGGUAUAAUCAGGAAAAAUUAAUUCUCUUCAUAGUGUCCAGAGAUGACAUAGUAAAAGAUCGCAUCUUUAAAGAGCUGCAGGAACGUCUUCCAAAUCACGCCAUCCCGGAUGAGCUUGUGUUGAUUGAUACUCUGCCAUUUACGUCUCAUGGCAAAGUUGAUGUCUCUGAGUUAAACAAGAUCUAUUUAGAUUAUGUAAACUUGACACAGAAUAAGCUCGAUGGAAAAGAGGAUCUUUGGGAAAAAUUACAGUGUUUGUGGAAGUCUAUCCUGAGCCUCCCAGAAGAUCUGAAGGUUCCUGAGGAGUCACUUUUCUUAAGCAGUGGCGGAGAUUCCCUGAGGGCCGUGCGGCUUCUCGGUGAGAUCGAGCGGCUUGUUGGUACACCGGUACCUGGGCUGCUGGAGGUCAUUCUCAGCAGUUCCAUGUCAGAGAUUUUCAGUUACACCCUUCACACAGUGUUUGCAGUUGAAGACGGUACGUUCACCAGGACGAGCGCUGCCAAAAGGAAGCUCAGCGACACUGACCAAGAGGCAGAGGCAGCCAGCGGAGAGUCCUUACGUCAGCAGUCCGCCUUGCCUUCCGGUUACAAAGAGAGAAAAGCUUUCAUCGCACUCAGCAGAGGGAGUCAGAUUCUGUCUGUGAAUGCUACUGAGUUAGGACAUUGUCCUUUAGCCUGUGCUGACUUAAUUUCACAGACCAACAUUAAACACGUGAGAAGCUUAAAUCCUUCAGCGCUCACUGGGCAGUCAAAAGGUCCUCCCUGUGCCGCAGAAGUUCCUGCGGAGGGAAGCCCUGUUACAGAGGCUGCGAAAAUGGAGUUACGUGUGAGGUGGAGGUCGGACACAGGCAAGUGUGUCGACGCCUCCCCUCUGGUUGUGAUACCGGCCGGUGACAAUUCGUCUGCAACUGUGUACGUCGGCUCCCACUCCCGCAGGAUGAAGGCGGUCGAGUUACGCUCCGGGAAGGUGAAAUGGGAACAGACUUUGGGGGAUCGAAUUGAGUCGUCAGCAUGUGUUUCUGUGUGCGGAAACUUUAUUGUAGUGGGCUGUUAUGAUGGAUUAGUUUAUGUUCUGAAAAGUAAUAGUGGAGAAACACACUGGGUGUUUCCUACCGAGGACACCGUCAAAAGCUCAGCAACCGCAGAUCCGGCCACAGGACUCGUUUACGUUGGAUCUCAUGACCAGCACGUGUAUGCGUUAGAUAUUUACGAAAAGAAGUGUAUUUGGAAGUUACAGUGUGAAGGAACUGUCUUUUCUUCUCCUUUUUUGAGCCUGAAUCCACAUCGUUUGUAUUGUGCCACCCUGGGAGGUCUCUUACUGGCUGUAAACCCUGCUACUGGGAGCACAGUUUGGAAACACUGCUGUGGAAAACCUCUCUUCUCUUCCCCACGGUGCUGCCGACAGUAUGUUUGUAUUGGCUGUGUCGAUGGGAAUGUACUCUGCUUUACUCACUCGGGAGAGCAGGUUUGGCAGUUCUCUACCGGUGGACCAAUCUUUUCUUCCCCAUGCACCUCAGCGUCAGAGCAAGAAAUAUUUUUUGGUUCCCAUGACCGUUUUAUCUACUGCUGUGACAUGAAAGGUCACCUGCGGUGGAAAUUUGAAACCACUUCAAGGGUGUACGCGACACCAUUUGCUUUCCAGAGCCACGGUCGUGACGGUGAAGUGUUGCUGGCAGCAGCAUCUACUGACGGGAAACUGUGGGUCCUGGGGUCUGAGAGCGGGCAAUUACGACGUGCGUACGAACUUCCUGGGGAAGUCUUCUCUUCUCCUGUCGUCUGGGAAUCAAUGCUCGUUAUUGGGUGUAGAAAUAAUUAUAUUUAUUGUUUGGAUUUAUUGAGUGGCAAUCAAAAAUAGUGAAGUACAGUCCCUGUUCGUGUGUAUACUAUCUGUAAGAUGUUCAAAAUACUUUACCACUGUAGAGCGUGCAGCUAGUCUUAUUUUCUAUUAAAGGUUAUAUUUUGGUUAAUAAA